AUGAAAAAACAAAAAUUUCACUUCCAGUACUUAACUAAGACUAAACAUCAGUUGUUCUUGCAACAUAACAAGCAAUCAACUGAAAUGGGGAAAAUUCUAAUGCUCCAUGGGUUUGUACAAUCCGACAAGAUUUUUUCUUCCAAGACGGGAGGUCUACGUAAGAGUUUGAAGAAGCUGGGCUAUGAGUUGUGCUAUCCCUGUGGUACGGAACUAAUCACUAAGGAAGUACUGCAUCGUAUUCAUGGAUCUCCGCAAGAUAUAUCCAAACAAUUCAACACUACGAUUAAGGAGGAUGCUGCCGAUGACGACGAGGAGAACAAGUUAUACGGUUGGUGGAUUAAGAACAGCGAUGGUGUCUCGUUUGAAAUUAAACAGAACACACUGGAUUAUUUGCAUAAUUACGUGAUAGAGAAUGGACCCUUUGAUGGUAUCAUUGGGUUCAGUCAAGGUGCAGGUCUGGCAGGCUACUUGGCCACUGAUUUCAAUGGGUUAUUGGAUUUGACUCUGGAGCAACAACCUCCUUUGAAGUUCUUCAUAUCUUUCAGUGGGUUCAGAUUGGAACCUGCGUCCUUCCAGCACAAUUACAACGUCAAGUCCAUCCAGAUGCCUUCACUGCACGUCCAGGGUGAACUAGACACUGUGGUUUCUGAGCAAAGAGUAAUGAAGCUCUACGAAACUUGCCCUGAAGAGACAAGAACGCUAUUGAAGCAUCCAGGUGGUCAUUUCGUGCCCAAUUCCAAACAGUUUGUUUCACAAGUUUGCAAUUGGAUUGUAAGCAUGACAAGAGCAUCCAAGGAAAGUACUACGGAGAAGAAGACAGCAACGAGCAACAUGGAGACGCCCGAUUUGGACGAUGAUCUCAUGGACAUGAUAGAUUCUUUUGGCAAGAUAUAA